AUGGCUAUCGGGCAGCCAUCUUCCAACGCCGAGGGUCCCUCACAAACCUCUCCACGGACCCAAACAGAUUCAGAUUCAAAUGCGACAAGUGACCAUGGACGUCCUAAUGAUCUUGGAGACUCAGCUCCGGUAUCAGGUCGUUCGUCCUUCUCUUACUCAAGGACAUAUGAGACGCCAGUGACUGGUGCUCAAACCCCAGACCCAUUAUUGGGCAACAAAAUCAUUCUUGAUAAGCAGUCGUUAAAAAAUGUUUCGCACACAAUUACGAGUCUUGACCCGAGUAACGAAAAUGUGCACGAGCUCGAUACUCUCGGUCAUCGGUUAACUAACCGAAAGCCCUCGGUAUCCCGAUGCCGGGAUGUAGCCGACGAAGCGGACGAAGCGGCAUCGCCGACCCGAAAGCGACAAGGCGUGCCGCCGGAGAUCUCCAGCUUCUCAGCCGAGCUAGUUUUGGUGGGCGUUUGCUCGGCUGGGCUUAUGCUGUUUUCCUUUCUUCUUGGGGAUAUGCUCGCCCCGCAGGAACAGCUAAAGGUUGCGCUCGGCAUCACAAGCACCCAGUUGCCUUGGAUUGUCGGUGCGUUCAACACUGCCAACGGCUUGUCUGUUGUGAUUUCCGGAUCUCUUUCCGAUUUAGCGGCCCCAAAGAGCCUCAUGGUUGGAGCAUUCGCUUGGCUGUCUGCAUGGAAUAUUGUCGGAGCUUUCUCUCUGCACCCUUCUCGGUAUAUUCUUUUCUUUGUUAUGCGAGCGAUGCAAGGCCUUGCUAUCGGUGUACUGGUUUCAGGUAGCAUGAGUAUUCUGGGCAGAGUAUACAAACCAGGUAUUCGUAAGAACCGCGUGUUCUCUGCUAUGGCCGCAACAGCGCCAUUCGGCUUUUCACUCGGAGCACUUCAAGGAGGUGGCCUCUAUCAGCAUCUCCCCUGGAUCUUUGGAUCUAACGCCAUAAUCUGUGCUAUCUGCGCUGUCGCUGCAUAUUUCUCAAUUCCUCCCUUGCGACCAGUUGCCGAUGUCGCCGGUACCGACGCACCGUCCUUGCGACAGUUCGACUACAUUGGAGGCGGCUGCGCUGCUGGAGGAUGUGUAUGCUUGCUUUUCGGUCUUACCCAGGGCCCCGUCGCUUCAUGGUCUCCCUAUACAUACGUUCUCAUUAUUGUUGGAAUUCUCCUCCUAGUUGGUCUUUUCUUUGCGGAGCGUGCAGCGAUACGCCCACUUAUCCCCAACAGACUAUGGUCAACACCAGGAUUCACACCAUUAAUGAUUGCUUAUUUCCUUGGAUUCGGAUCAUUCUUCGGCUGCUGGCAGUUCUACGCAAUCCAGUUCUGGCUGCGCAUCCAACACGCGACUCCGAUCGCUGUGGCCCUUUAUCAUAUCCCCAAUGCCGUGGUCGGAGUUCUCGCUACAUGGAUCGUGAGCCGUACCCUCCACAUUGUCCCAGGACACUACAUUUACGCUGUCUCCAUGUUCGCAUUUACACUCGGACCGGCUUUCUUCAUCCCUCAAACCGCGAACACUACCUAUUGGGCCCUUUCGUUCCCCGGUAUAACCCUGGUCACCUUUGGUCCUGACCUUGCCUUUGCUGCAGCUUCGAUAUUUAUUACGAGCAAUGUCGCAAGGUCGUACCAGGGGAGUGCGGGAAGUCUGUUGGUGACGAACCAGAACCUGUCAUCAGCUAUAAUGACUAGUGUCGCUGACGCGAUCGGCACACGGGUUAGCACCGGGGCGGAUGGAGAAAUUACUCUUGAAGGACUUAGGGCGAUUUGGUGGUUUGCAAUGGCUGCACAGCUUCUUGCCGCGUUCGUGACUGUCGUUUGGGUGAGAAUUCCCAAGGAAGAGGAGAAAGAGCAUGUUACUUAA